UUUACAAUAAUGGUAUCGAUAAAGCUUCUGGCGAGUGUGAUGCUGGUAGUGGCAGUGGCCAUAGAAAGGUCCACUUCGGCGCCUCACAAAGCACAUUCCUUCCAGCAUUUUCACGGACCCGUCGAGGGCGAGGGCGUUGAAGUUGUCUGGAAAGACAAGCAUGGACACGAGCACGUCGACUACAAAGCCCACCCCAAGUACAAAUUUUCAUACGGAGUCGAGGACCAUCACACCAAAGACUUUCACGGACAAAAGGAGCACCGAGAUGGUAAAGACGUAGCAGGUGAAUACACGGUGCACGAACCUGGUGGCAACGUCAGAACCGUCAAGUACCAUGCUGACCAUCAUGGCGGUUUUCAUGCCAUAGUACACAAUUCCGGCGGAAACGACCACUCCGGUGGUACCUACGGGCACGGGCACAGUUUGGGCAUUUGGCAAGUGAUAAAGUGGUUACGACAAAGUACCAUGGAGUGUAAGAAAUUAAUAUUGACGACAUGUCUGUGUACGCUGAUGAUAUGUCAAGUGAGGACAGGAAUUGUUUCGAUAUCUGAUGCUUCGGAUGAACACCAUCAACAUCAACAUCAACAUCAGGAUUAUGAACAUCAACAUGUGCCUGUAGCAACAUCUUACAUGCAUUUCCACGGACCACUAGAGGGGCCAGAGUUCCAAGUGAAAGUGCCCUAUGUGAUUCCUCAUCACUACGAAAAUCACUACCAGCACAGCGAGCACCAGCAUCAGGAGAAUAACGAUCUGGUUGGUCAUCAUAGCCACAUGGACGAGCAUCACGCAGAUGAGGCUCACAGGUAUAUUGGACAUACCACAGACUAUGUCGCGCAUCCCAAGUACGAGUUUGCUUACGGAGUCGAGGACCAUCACACUGGAGACUUUCACGAGCAAAAAGAAGUCAGAGACGGGACGAGUGUGAGUGGCGAGUACAGUUUGAAGGAACCUGGCGGCACUGUUCGUGUUGUUAAAUACAAGGCCGACAAGGAUGGCUUCCAUGCGCACGUCGAGACCAAGGGGAAGAAUGAUCACUCAGGAGCGACCUACACCACACACGCUCAUCUUCAUCAGCACGAACUGACUCAUCACGAUGACAAUCAAAACCACCAUCAUCUGCAGCUACACGCCGAGGACAAUCAUUACGACACUCACGACGCCUAUGCAUGAUCAUUUUUAUUUUAUUUUUUUUAACACAUCUUUG